AUGGAUCAAGGCUAUGGAGGGCCGGUGGAGAGGUCGCGGACGCUUUCGACGUCUGGUCCCGUGCCCAACGGGGACGGUGAGGCCAUGAAGGACACCGACGUUCAAAUGCAACCCGCACCUCAGAACGAGACGGAAAACAGCAAAGCCGCGCAACCAUCACAAGAAUCACCUCGGCGGUGUGAAGGCCCUGUACGGACGUCGUCGCCCGCGUCGGCCGGCACAUCAGAGUCUGGCUCGACUAGCGCCUCCGAGUCGGAACAUGCAAGGGGAGAGACUACGUCGGCCCUCACAAACCGGAAGUCCCGCCGCCAUUCGGCCCCACAGCCGUCUCCCCUGGAACCGCCUGUAACUCGCUCUACAUUAAGUGAGCUUGACGUGUCUAAGAUCAUUCACAACCCAAAACUGCGUCAUGAUAUCAACUUCGACCCCGAACUGCAUUUCCGACCGAACUUGGAUGGCGAGAAGGGCCGCAAAAAGCAGGAAAGGGCGAACCAAUUCUGGAAAACACUCAAGGAAGAACUCAUCGAAUUCAUCAUGGAUCGGCCAAGCUUUGACCGGAAGCACGGCGAACGAAAUGACUGGACUCUACCCGCCUUGCUGAAAGCUGUCAAGGAAAUCAUUCAGACCCUGGUACCUCAGCGCGAUCGGCAGUUUCUCGACGAGGGCCUGAACGUGGAGCUGCUGAUGCAACAAUUUAACAAGGGCAUUGCCGACCUGGAGAAACUGGCAUCGUGGCUGUCUCGUGUCCUCAAGUCACACUGCGCUCCCAUGCGCGAUGACUGGGUCGACACCAUGUAUACGCAACUGAGCAACGGAAACCGCAAUGGCGACCUCGACGAACUGGUAACGGGCAUGCGCAGCCUCCUGAGCGUUCUCGAGGCCAUGAAGUUGGACGUCGCGAACCACCAGAUUCGAUGCCUGCGACCAGUGCUCAUCGAAGAUACGACUCACUUUGAACAAAAGUUCUUUUUGCGAAAGAUUCAAUCGCGCAAGGUGGACGUCACCGGCGCAAGGCUCUGGUACGCGGACGCCGAGCGGAUAUGCGAUCGCCUGCCGGGCACUUCCCAAACCUUCGGCGACAUGGGGGUUUUCUUUGACGGGCUCACCCGGCUGCUGCUUCCCUCUACAACAGAAAAGCGCGUGCCGAGCACCUUCCUGUUCGACGAAGAGCGCAUCAUGAAGCUGAGAUCUGACGUGUUGGACGCCAUAAACCUUGACGUGUGCAUGCGCAUGUACGAGGAGCUCGAGGGUCUUGGGUCGCUCGACUACAAGGUCUUGGGCGCUAGGCGGGUUAUGGACGAGUUUGACCGCUGCGCAACCCCUGAAAGCGACUUCAACUUCAACACGCCUCCGUCGAGCUCUCGACCUUCGAGCUUGGUCUUCAGCUCUGCUGGCUCGACGUCUUCGUCUCCUCGAUCGUCGGUUGUCCUCCCGUCGUAUGUCGCUCCGGAGAAUACUGAAGCCCGAGCAAAGGCCCGCAGUCUAUACACCUCCCUCGUGGCCCUCUUGCAAACUGCGACGCCGACGUCGCGACCUCAUGCGCGUUGGCAGGAAAUGGCCCCAUACAUGGCUGUACAGAUCUUCCGGUCCACAAGCGCGCCCCAAGAUAUGCUCGCCACCUUCGAAGAGAAGGUUGUCAACACAAUCUGCAGAGCCAAGUCCGAGCUCUACGCGGAGGUCGAGUCUAACUUCCGCCAACGACUCAUGGCAGAGCUGAGCGGUCGCGUACGGGAGUUGAAGGCGCUUUCUGGCGUCUCGCUCUUUGCCGUCGCCACGGGUGCUCGCAUCCAGAACAGCGGCGUGCUGCAGACAAGCCGCGAUACGGAGACGUCUUCUCGUGACGGCCUGGAGGAGGGUGGCAUCGAAGACAUGGCAACCCGUCUCGCCCAUCUCGGUAUCCUGCACUGGAGGGUCUGGGCCCCUCUCGUAUACUCUGGCGACCAGGACGACAUGGUUCUCGAUGACGCACCAAACCAGAUCUGA